UAUUCACUUUGACUUUGGUUGAACUGCAAGACAGGUGUCGUUACAACAUGGAGUAUCGGGUGUCUGCAGUAAUCAUCACAUUCCUUUUCAUUACUUUAUCCAUGCUCAGAGGUACUCACAGCCUGAUGGUAUACCAAACCUUAACAGUUACUGGUGAAGAAGGAGACACUGUCAUAAUGAACUGCACCAUGUCCCAUAACACUUCAGGACCUGUUCGAUGGUACAAGGAAGAGAAUCUGCAGAAGGUCCUAUACUCAGAGCUCAUAGAUGAAAAAUCAGAUACACGAGCCACUAGGAUAGUGCAUGACGAAAAAGAAAGAAACAAGGAUUUUUCUAUCACAUUUGAAAAUAUUACAUUGGAAGAUGCUGGGGUGUAUUACUGUGUGAAGUUUAAAUCAGACAAAGUAAAUGUGGCUACAACAGGAUCUGGAACCAGACUUUAUGUGAGUGGUGGUUAUAACCUGACAAUAUGCCAGACCCCAGCUGUUACUGGUGCAGAAGGAGACACUGUUAUAAUGCAGUGUGCUUUGUCAAAGGAUAUUCUAGGACCUGUUCGCUGGUACAAGGGUAACAAUCGGAAGAACCUUAUGCACUCAGAGCUCCCAAAUGAAAAAUCAGAUGCCCGAGUACGUAGCAAUGCAGUGAAGGACCCAACAAGCAACACUGUCUAUUCUAUCACUUUUACAAGUAUUUCUUUGAAAGAUGCUGGGAUAUAUUAUUGUGUGAAGUUUAAAUCAGACCAAAAAACUGAGGCUGCAUCAGGAUCAGGAACGCAACUUUACGUGAUCCGGGGUUAUAACCUGAUAGUACACCAGACCCUAUCUAUUACUGGUAUAGAAGGAGGCACGGUCAUAAUGCAGUGUACUUUGUCAAAAGAAACUAUAGGACCAGUUCGAUGGUACAAGGGUAGCAAUCUAAAGAUGCUCUUUUACUCACAGCUCUCAGACGGUACAUCAGAUGCACGAGUGAGUCAGGUUGUACAUGAAGGACCGUCAAGAAACACUGACCAUUCCAUUACAUUCACUGGUAUUACCUUGGAUGAUGCAGGGGUGUAUUAUUGUGUAAAGUUUAAAUCAGACGGUAAAACUGUGGCUACAACAGGAUCAGGAACCCGACUUUACAUAACUGGUUUCAUUCCAUCAUGAGAUAAAUACAGAGCUGUAAUUUGAGAAGAAAAUAAAAACCCAGUCUUGUUCUAUAAUGUUCUUGGUCAUAUUAUGCUUCAUAUAUGAUAUACAAUAUAUAUAUAUAAUUUUGUAAGCACGUGCUUCA